AUGCACAGAACUUACUCCUUAAGAUCCCAGAGAGCCCCCACUGCUUCUCAAUUGCAAUCACCACCGCCACCGCCUUCUUCCACCAAGUCCAAGUUCUUUGGCAAGGGUUCGAUCAGCCACUCUUUCCGUAAGUCGGCAGCUGGAGCCAUGGGCCCAGAGUUGGCUAGAAAGUUGGCCAUUUUGAUCAAGAUGGAAAAGAACUUGAUGAGAUCGAUUGAAAUCACCUCGAGAGAAAGAAAAGACUCGGCUAAGCAAUUGUCAUUGUGGGGCGAAGGCAACGACGAUGACAUUAGCGACAUUACUGACAAGUUGGGAGUUUUGAUUUUUGAAAUUGGUGAGUUGGAAGACCAAUUUAUCGACAGAUAUGACCAAUACAGAAUCACCUUGAAGUCCAUUAGGGACAUUGAAGGCUCGGUUCAACCUUCAAGAGAAAGAAAACAGAAAAUCACCGACCAAAUUGCGUACCUCAAGUACAAGGACCCGCAAUCCCCCAAGAUCAACGUUUUGGAACAAGAGUUGGUUAGAGCUGAAGCUGAAUCGUUGGUUGCCGAAGCGCAAUUGAGCAACAUCACCAGAGAAAAAUUAAAGACCGCCUUCAAUUACCAAUUUGACUCCAUAAGAGAACACGCGGAAAAGAUUGCUUUGAUUGCUGGUUACGGCAAGGCCUUGUUGGAAUUGUUGGACGAAAGUCCAGUUACUCCUGGUGAAACCAGACCUGCAUACGAUGGCUACGAGGCAUCCAAACAAAUCAUUAUUGAUGCUGAAAAUGCUUUGGGUUCAUGGACUUUUGACUCUGCUGUUGUUCGUCCAACUUUGUCCUUGGCUGCUCAAGAAGAACCUUAUUUGGAUGACGAAUUGGAGAAUGAAGCUGAAAACUUGAGAAUUGCUGAAAAGGAAUUUGACAAACUUGAAGCUGAACAUGCCUAA